AGAGCUUGUAUGCUCCAUCCACCCGUUCUUAUUUGCUGUGCAAACAUGGCGACUUCCAGGAUGGGAGGUUUUCAAACACUUCCAGUGACGUUUUCGAGUGAAACGCGUUCUUCGCACACACUAUUCUUCAAAGAACACAACGUAAGGGAAAAAGACGACCUCAAGCCCCCUAGCAGGACCCUCUUUGUCGUGAACGUGCCACCGUACUGCACCGAGGAGUGCUUGAAGCGCGUCUUCGGUGACUGCGGCAAAGUGGUCAAAGUCUGGAUCCAGAAAACGCCGUCGGCCGCUGCAAAACCGGACGUCGGUACGACGACCUUCUUCCCGAACGCCUCUCCCGUAACAGGAUUCAUGGUCGCCUACGUCGUGUUCCUCAAGGAGAACUCCGUGAAGCGCGCGCUGGCCCUGUCCGUCACCGAACCACGUGUGCUCUUCCCCGAAGGCAGUCCCGCCGCUUCGGUUGGCCUCGCCAAGUGGUGCAACGAGUACAAGUCUCGGUUCGUCGACACCGAGGCGCUCCAAAAAGAAGUGGACGUGUUCAUAGCCGCCUACGACAAGAGGCUGGAAGCGGAGAAAGCACGGGCGAAGCAGAUGGACGGCGUUCCGGACGAGGAAGGCUGGAUCACCGUCACCAAGUACGGCAAGCGGCCCGUCAUUCCGAGGACGGACGCCGUGAACCGAAAGAUCAGCGCCGCGGAGAAGAAGAAACGUUCGCAGAAGGAGCUGCUCAACUUCUACUCGUUCCAGAUACGGGAGUCGAAGAUGGAGCACAUCGCGCAGCUCCGGAAGAAGUUCGAAGAGGACAAGCGCCGAAUCUCGCUCAUGAAAGCUGCCAGGCGCUUCAGGCCGACGUGACGUCGCACCGUUUCGUUGAAAGAUUCAUUCUGGAGCUAAGCGCGCUUGUGCAUUAUGAAACUCGUUAUACACGUGCUCGUUGUCCAGUAAAUGUCACGCUGCUGGUUGCCCUAGAAAUGAAGCCUUGUCACUGGCAGGGUGAGAAUGACAGGGAAGAGGUCCAGUUCUCCCGCCUCCAGCGCGAGCUUCGUACUUUCGACAGCGCUUCGUCGUCGUCUGCACCUCAAGCGUGUGCCAAAGGCAGGGGUUCCAGAGACACACCUUGCCUCAUUCUGUUGCCGACUGUAGGAAGUUUCAUUGAGCUUCCGAGACCCACGAAGGCAGGAACGUUAAGCAUAGACAGGUAUUCAAAAACGCAGUAUCGGGAGAGCCAUCUGACGAGUGCUGUAGCCAUAACUUUAUUUUGGGGGGAGGGGUUAGUUAUAGAUUAAAAGGUUAAAAGGCGCAAACAAACAGGACGAAAAAAGGCACAGGUACGACACGGACAGGCGCCAACUUCCAGCUGAUUUAUUGAAACACAAAUUAUCGUCAAACUCAGUCCCAAUCGCCUGAACACAUGCAACUGAUAAAAAUUCUUAUCGCUCAUUUCAUGCAUUCCUUAAGAAGCACAAUUUCUUUCGUUAACAGAUAAAGAGAUGGCAUGCUUACGCAUCUGUCAGCCGCUUUGUGUAUACAGGAAGCUUCGAUUAGUUCUCUUUCCAUCUUCUUAUUCCCUUUCUUGAUAAACCUUGUGCGCUCUAACAAAGGUUCACACCCACAUCGUUUGCAGUGCUCCGCAAGAUGGCCACCUGAAUUAUUGCGUACGGCAAGCUUGUGUUUGCGUACUCUUUCAUUAAAGCAUUGGCCAGCCUGACCGAUGUAAACUUGGCCGCAACUAAAAGGAAUCUCAUAAACCAUCUUAGUCACGCGUUCGGUGUGUCUUGUUACAUGUUUUCUUUAGCACACUACAAACUUUCAUUUUGUCAUCGCGGAGCAUAUCUUUGAAAGCUUGCACGGGGCUGAGAAGACUACGUUAACCCUGUGUCUAACAGUUAUCUUUUUUAAAUUGUGGGGCACUUUGUGCAAGUAUGCUAUCACCUGCACUGGCAUCUUGUCUGUCUUUUCACGACAUUUGUCAACACCCUCUCGUUUAAUUUUCUGUAGGAGCCUUUCACACACACUUGUCACUAAGCUCUUCGGGUAACCGGCCCUCGUCAUGCGUGCAACCUGCUGAUAAAAGCUGAGUGGCAGUCUAUGCUGGCAGCUUUUUGUAAUGGCUGCGUGAAGGCAGGUGGAUGCAAUUCCCCGUUUUACAAGCUUUGAGUGGGCACUGCUGAAAGAAAGGAGGCCUUUCUUAGUUCGUGGAUUAUAACUCCAGCACAAAUGAUCCUUAAUAAAACGCUGUAAAUUUAGAA